AAGAUUAUGAAUCAUUUACUGAGAAAGUUAAUUUUGGAUACAUCUCCCAUUUAAAGCGUACAAUUCCCGACGAGUCAGCAGUUUUUUCACGGCAGCGAGUUAAUCAACAUCUGGUUACAGAUAGUUUCCUAGUUUUAGCCGAUUUAGAACGCCAUCAGCCCGUAGAUUUAGGAAAAUCCCGUGCGUGGAAGGGGAAUAUUACAAUAAAAACCCAGUGAAAAUGUACGGCAUUGAUAAUUACCCCAAGAAUUAUCAUGCCAGUGGCAUUGGCCUUGUUAAUUUGGCGGCCUUGGGCUACAGCAAGAAUGAAGUCAGCGGCGGAAGCGAAGGAGGAGGAGGCGCCGGAGCACCAAAACCCAAAGCGGGUCUCUACCCCUCGCUGCCCUAUCCAUCAUCCGAGUCCGUGGGCGGAAUGCCAUAUGUGGUGAAGCAGACGAGUCACGCCCAGAAUGCCUCGUACCAGGGACCCGGAAUGGGCAUGGGCAUGGGAAUGCCCAUGCCAGGAGCGCCAUCAGCACCAGCACCCUAUCCGAGUGCCACGCCAUACCCGGGUGCUGGUGGUGGUGGUGGUCUCUAUCCCAGUCUGCCAUCCGCCAACGCAUCGUCGUCGUCGCUGCCGUACCCCACUGCCUCGCUGGCCCCCUACCCAUCCGGAAUGCCCUACCCAACUGGAAUGCCACAGCCCAAUCUUCCCUAUCCUGCUGCUCCACUGGCACCAUAUCCAUCCGCCAUGCCCAGUUUGCCCGGCAUGCCAAUGCCGUACGCUCCGAUGCCAACAAGUCCGGCUCCGCAGCACGGCGGAGGAUUCCCGGCUCUGCCAUAUCCCACGGCUCCACCACCGGCCAGUGCCCCAACCCAGGAGGAGGAGCCUUCGGUGGGCAUUGCCGAGCUGAGCUUCACCAGCGUCAAGGUGCCGGAAAACCAAAACAUGUUCUGGAUGGGCCGCAAGGCCACCAGUGGCCGGCAAAAUAGCGUAAGCAAGGGAGAUUUUGAGACGCUUCGCUCGAGCUGCGUGGCCAAUGGAACCAUGUUCGAGGAUCCCGACUUUCCGGCCACCAAUGCCUCGCUGAUGUACUCCCGGAGACCCGAUCGCUACUACGAGUGGCUGCGUCCUGGCGACAUCGUCGACGAUCCACAGUUCUUCGUGGAGGGCUACUCGCGAUUCGAUGUUCAGCAGGGAGAGCUGGGCGAUUGCUGGCUCCUAGCUGCAGCCGCCAAUCUCACGCAGGACUCCAAGCUCUUCUUCCGGGUGGUCCCGCCGGAUCAGGACUUCCAGGAGAACUACGCCGGCAUCUUUCACUUCAAGUUCUGGCAGUAUGGCAAGUGGGUGGAGGUGGUCAUCGAUGACAGGCUACCCACCUACAAUGGCGAGCUGAUCUACAUGCACUCAACGGAGAAGAACGAGUUCUGGAGCGCCCUGCUGGAGAAGGCCUACGCCAAGCUGCAUGGUUCUUAUGAAGCUCUCAAGGGCGGCACCACGUGCGAGGCGAUGGAGGACUUCACCGGCGGCGUCACCGAGUGGUACGACAUCAAAGAGGCUCCUCCAAAUCUAUUCAGCAUCAUGAUGAAGGCCGCCGACCGCGGCUCGAUGAUGGGCUGCUCCCUGGAGCCCGAUCCGCAUGUUCUGGAGGCCGAGACGCCUCAGGGUCUGAUCCGCGGUCAUGCCUACUCCAUUACCAAGGUGUGCCUCAUGGACAUCUCGACGCCGAAUCGCCAGGGCAAGCUGCCCAUGAUCCGGAUGCGUAAUCCGUGGGGCAACGACGCCGAGUGGAGUGGUCCGUGGAGCGAUAGCUCGCCCGAGUGGCGCUUUAUACCGGAGCACACGAAGGAGGAGAUUGGACUGAACUUCGACCGAGACGGCGAGUUCUGGAUGUCCUUCCAGGACUUCCUCAACCACUUCGAUCGCGUGGAGAUCUGUAACUUGUCGCCCGACUCUCUAACGGAGGAUCAGCAGCAGAGCUCUCGUCGCAAGUGGGAGAUGUCCAUGUUCGAGGGUGAAUGGACUUCGGGCGUAACGGCCGGAGGUUGCAGAAACUUCCUGGAGACCUUCUGGCACAAUCCGCAGUAUAUUAUCUCGCUGGAGGAUCCCGACGACGAGGAUGAUGAUGGCAAGUGCACGGCUAUUGUGGCCCUGAUGCAGAAGAACCGGCGCAGCAAGCGCAACGUGGGCAUCGAUUGCCUGACCAUCGGAUUUGCUAUAUAUCACCUGACGGAUCGGGACAUGCAGGUUAAGCCCCAGGGGCUGAACUUCUUUAAAUACCGGGCAUCGGUGGCCCGAUCACCGCACUUCAUCAACACGCGCGAGGUGUGCGCCAGGUUCAAGUUGCCACCCGGUCACUACCUGAUCGUUCCUUCUACCUUCGAUCCCAACGAGGAGGGUGAGUUCAUCAUUCGUGUCUUCUCCGAGACCAUGAACAACAUGGAGGAGAACGACGACGAGGUGGGCUUCGGCGAGACGGAUGAUCGCAUUGCCCCGGCCCUGCCGCCACCAACUCCGAAGGAGGAGGACGAUCCACAGCGCAUUGCCCUGCGUCGCUUGUUCGAUAGCGUGGCUGGCAGCGAUGAGGAGGUCGACUGGCAGGAGCUGAAACGCAUCCUGGACCACUCGAUGCGCGAUGUGAUGGUGGGCACGGAUGGCUUCUCCAAGGACGCCGUGCGUUCGAUGGUAGCCAUGCUGGACAAGGAUCGCUCCGGCCGUCUGGGCUUCGAGGAGUUCGAGGCCCUGCUUACCGAUAUUGCCAAGUGGCGGGCGGUAUUUAAACUAUACGACACCCGUCGCACUGGCAGCAUCGAUGGUUUCCAUCUGCGCGGAGCGCUCAAUUCGGCUGGCUACCAUCUGAACAACCGGCUGCUGAACGCCCUGGCCCACCGCUAUGGAUCGCGGGAGGGGCAGAUACCAUUCGACGACUUCCUGAUGUGUGCCAUCAAGGUGCGGACAUUCAUCGAGAUGUUCCGCGAACGGGACACGGACAACUCGGACACGGCCUUCUUCAACCUGGACGAUUGGCUGGAACGAACCAUUUACUCUUAAACUACUUGCAAUUGAUACUAAUCUAAUCCUAAGUGCCACAUUUACUUAAGCUUAUUGUGCAUUAUUCAUGCCUGCUAUGGCCGCAAAGCCACACACAGAUCCAUGACGAUACAGCCCGGAGAUCGGGAGAGAUACACUCACUUAGCCAACAAGAGAAUCUUAUCGGAUAACCAAAUCCGGAAAGAAAAGCAUCAUGUGGCAAAAUUGGACUGGCCUUGCAAUGGCACGAGGUCGCAAUCCGCGAUAAACGAUACAUAUAUAACCCGCAUACACAAUUUAUACAAUCCACUCUGUAGAUUUUAUACCAUAUAGAGAGCAGCUGGAGGGAUGACUAAGAGCGAGCAUCACCUCGACAAGAGCCGGAAAUUUGCUAGUACAAACUGAAAAGUGCAUUACUACCUUACAACAGCCAUCACAUACGCAUCAACAAUAUUAGAUAUUACGGAAUGAAUAAGCAUGUAUUUUUGUAACAUGGGUAUAUGUGAACCGCCCAUUACAUAUUUGACCAGGUGCUAUAACUAUAUCCAAUCAGACUCUGUUGCCAACACAAACGUUGUUAUUGUUAUCAGGGAACGAAAGCAAAGCGAACAGAACCAAUAACUCAUCGAAUAUUUAUUAGCGUAAUCGGGAUAUGCAAAUAUUAGUAAAUUUAUUGAAUAACAUUUAAACAUGAACUUCCCCUCUAAUUUGUUUUUAGUUCUUUAUCAGUAAUCUCAACAUCCCUAGCACCCUUUACUUCAAAAUAAGUAUUUUCUAAAUGUUUAACUAACUCAAAUUCAAUUAAUUGGGAUAAGAGGCUUUUUGUUGGACGAUUUUUUUGUGAACAAUUUUACUAAUCAAAAUGAUGUAUCUUUAUGUAAUUGUUACUAUCGAAAAUUAUUUGUUGUAUGCCUUCUUUUUUAUGUAAAUAAAUAAACAGCAGUAAUGCACGAGUACAUCUA